GUACACACCUGUGCCAAGACCCCGAUAUGUGCGAUCCUAACAUUGAAAACCACAGGGGAUAGCAGCACUUCGCGUGUAUGGUAUUGCUGCAACACGAUCACAACACAACCAACAGACAAGCUAGUAGCUGCACACACAAACGAGUCUCGGGGAAUUGCCACCACAACAAUUCCGUGGCGGAGAAAUACCGGCGGAAAAUCGGGAAAAUGCCCGGGACCGAGCUGCGGGCUCGACCACACGCAACGCGCGGCUACGAUGUCGGAGGGUGCAAGCGCGGGACCUGCCGACGCCUCACAGGCCUCACAGGCCUCACAGGCUAGUGCUGGCGGUCCUUCCUCUGCGGAUCAGGGAGCUGCCGCUGCGGACCCGAAGGCAACCGGCGAGGCUAUCGAUGAGAUGCUAGCCGCCAACGACCCCGUCAAAAACAGCAACGGCAAACACGCGUACCGGGAGCCCAACUUCCCGAUCGAGUGGUCAGGAGCAGUGGGAGGGAAAGGGAGCUACCCCGUCCGGUUCAAACUGAACGCGGCGGCCUACACACGGGAGAUCUGCCCGUGCGACGGUCAAGCGGUGGGAAACAACGGCGCGGCGAAAGUUCUCCAGGUGGCUCGGAAGCGUAUCAUCGAGUGGCUGAAGCAGGAGGAGCAGCUCAGGGAGAAUGUCAGCGCCAACCCCAAGUUUUCGAAGGCCAAACAGGUUCACAGCGGGGGGAAAGCUUCGACAGUCGACGCCGAAUAAACCCUUGUGGACUACAUCAACGAGCAGCGCAAGCAGC